AUGGAUGUCGAUGCGAAUCGGCGACAUCAUCGACGGAAUUCCGGGUCGCCACGGUGUUUCGACGGCGUCCAAGGAAAUGACGAGAUCAUGGACAAACUACAACGGCGCAGGCUUACAAUUCGCAAUACACGCAGUCCCUGGUGUAUGAUAGUGUUUUGUAUGAUUCUAUUUCUUGCCGGCUCGACCAAGGCUGCGUUCAUCAACUUCGACAAUUGUUUAGAGACCAACAUUGUGAAUGACCCGAGUCAUCUGCAAUUCGUCCCCAAGUUCUUUUCGGUUGUGUACGAUCCUGCACCCGGCCCAAAUCCACUGGAUAUUGUCAUUUAUGGAAAUGUCACCGGAGACGGCGAAAUUGUCGAUAUAGUCGACAAUAAUGGAAACAAGACAUACACUACCCUUUUUACAACCCUCGACGUGCUCACCUUUACGCCAUAUGAGCAUCCAACUGAGUUCUGCCAAAACGUCACCCAAGGCACCUGUCCUCUUGGACCUGUCUUCAAUGUCAACGGGAGCGACCCAAGUCAACUUCGUGCAUUUACCGUCCAACAUGAGCUUGGCACAUCAUUUCAGCUAGCUAGCUUAGUUGCUACCCUGCGCGUCAAGUCCGGCGACCCUGCAGGUACAGAUCUGGGCUGUGUGUCUGGUAUCAUCACACCAGAUCUCGGUGCAACGCUCAAGGGAACAUUUACAUUUUUGCCCCUUUUGGUGCUAGUGCUGCUUACUCUCGCAAACAUAAUCGCUUCUACAUAUAGCCCCUGGGGAUCGACCAACAUUUUCCGCUGGACGAGCAACUAUGGCCGAGAUGAAGAUCUUUUACGACUGGUUACUCCUGGAUUUGCGGACUGCCUUCAAUAUAUUCAGUUCAUUGUGCUCACCGGAGCCCUCUCACUCAGUUACCCCGGAUACUACCAACCUGUUGUAUCUUCAGGAGCGUGGUCGAUUCUCAUGUUCAAUCAUAGUUUCGCAAGUCCUGGAGGGGGAAUAGAUCCGGUCGUCGAUGGUAUAUACGUUGUCAAUGGAACUCAUGGCCUGGACCGUUUGCGACAGUAUAUAGGCUUGGAAAGCAUAAGGGACGUCUGGCCGGGAUCGAUUAUUUGGCUACUAGUGAUUCUAUCUGCAGUAACCGUGUUGACCCAGAUUGCAUUUGGCUUCCAAUGGAUCUACCAUCGAAUGGCCCGUGUUCUCGAGGAGGAUUUACGAUCGAAAAACGUACCAUUCACAAUUGGCAACACCAUCCGCAUUACAUUCAACUUCUUCUUGCUACCGACUGUAUCGCUUGCGCUAUACCAACUUGUCAUUGCCGGACAUUCCACUGCGUACGUGGUUGCACUGGCAGUGAUACUAAUCGUAGCUCUUCUCCUUUUCGCGCUCUGGAUGAUUCGCCUUAUUAUCUCUGCUCGACCUCGGGCAUAUCUAUUUGACGAUCUUUCGACUGUCCUGCUGUACGGCCCUCUAUACAACACAUAUCGCGACGACGUUGCUCCGUUUGCUUUAGUGCCCAUCUUCAUUACCUUUCUCCGCGCCAUCGCAAUUGGCGCGCUUCAACCUUCAGGUGUCGCUCAGGUUGUAUUACUCGCGAUUUGUGAAGUGGCCAUGAUCUUACUUCUAGUUGCGUUUCGACCGUAUGCCUCGCCGACAUCAAUGAAUCUGUAUCAGCUUGUUUUCUCUUUUGUACGCUUCUUGGUGGUGCUCUUAUCCGUUGCCUUUGUGCCGUCUUUGGGUAUUUCGGAACAAACCAAGGGGUGGAUUGGAUAUGCUAUCUUGGUUCUGCAUGGAGGGAUGCUGGUGUUUGGGUUCUUCCUAAAUGCUCUGCAGACCUUGAUAGAAGUCAUUGCCCGACUUGCAGGAGCUGGAGGCGCAGAAGGCGGCGCGACACGAGGUGGUCUCACAAAGGUCUUCGGUGUAAGACAGCUCUCUCGACGCAACCCCCGAAGCAGCACACGUCAAAGUAUGGCAUCAGAGGCAGCAAUGCUCGUAAACAUGGACGAACGGUCAUCUGCACAGUUUGGUGGUUCUCGGGCGAGAAGUAUUUCUGGAAGCUCGGCCAUGUUGCUGAAUCGUCAGGCCAUUAGUGAUGGUCGAAUAAGCAUCGCUUAUGAUGCAGGUAGUGCACACGGUGGUCCGCAUAGUCGAACUAAUAGCGGAAUGUACACCCCAACCACUCCUGGCGCCGCCAGUAGCGCAUUCUCGCAUCCGGCCGGUUAUCUGCCAAUGGGCACACCAAAGAGUGGCUCUGUUAUUGGCUUCAAGUCUGAGGCGACGGAUCCUUACUAUCGACCGCCUCGUCCUCGAACAACGACCGUAGAUACUCAACAGUCCGGCGGUGAUAGCCGAGCACAAGGCGCAUCUGGCAGCGAUACUGAGGAUGUCGCUCUCGAAAGUGCUGGCCAACCUCUCCCCGCACAUCUCGGUACUGCUCGAGACGAUGUUGAUCUGGAUGAUGGUCGACCGAAUCGCAAGGACUAUGCUGUCCGCGAAGUCGACUUUUAUUAUCGAGUUCGUGGUCCUGCAUUGUCCCAUACCGGGACUCGAAAGUUGAAAACAGGACCGGCAGAUCCAACAGGGCCCGUAUCUUCAGCAUCAGGUUGGUUCCGUCGGUUGCUAGGUGGAAAGACUAAAGAGCAAGGUAAAGGAUUUGAGGUGAUUCGAAGUGCUCGAGCACCUCCUACGGGAAUGUUUCCGCCUGCUGAAGACCAGGAAUACCACGAACCAUACCGCGACGAGCCCGAGUCUCAAUCCCCUGAUGAGACUGGAGAGGUGGGCCACACCCGAAAUGCGUCUGGUGUUACCACGACAUCCUAUCACGAUUCGGAUGGGACAGAGGAAGAAAAGGGUGAACAGAUGGAGUCUUUCAGGCUGCCUCCAAUUGAUGUCAGCGGCUCGAUCGAGCUUCCAAGUCGAGCGGGCUCGCGGAAUAGCACGCUUUCAAAUCGUCCUUCGUUGCCGAGAAAGAGUUCAAAAAGACAUGGGCCUCAAGACUCCGUAGACGAAGGUACACCUGCAUUGUUACCUAUUCCAGGUUCUCCGGACAGUGCAGCACAUUCACAUGGCAGAAUACCCAGUUCCGAUCUCCUUCAGCCAUCAGGCGAAUCUGGGGCCCGGCUACCCUUUGCACCCAGCGAAGCGGGUAGCAAAACUAGUCAAGAACGCCAUGGAUCAACAGCAUCAACUUCAUCCACCAUCCAACGUGUACCAAGUGCUGAACCGGGACGACCGUCCGGCAUGGGUUAUGUAGCACAUCAUCGAGCCGGUGCAAGCAUCCAUCAGCUAGACUCCGAACACCCUCUGACUGGCAGCACGGCAGAAUUGGUUGAGCAAACCACAGAUAGUGAGUCGAGUCAUUCGCAGCGAACCACUACAUAG